UCUUCACUCAGAAUAUUUUGGACUCCCUUAAAUAAAUGAUUGACUCGAGAAAAUGGGAAAAGUCAGCUGGGGAGAACUGUUCCCGGGACGAUGGAGUGCGGUUAUAUUCGUAUCCUACAUGGCCCUCUUCGUAAAUCAAGGAAUAAUUGUAACAUGGUCUCAAACCAAAGGCGAUUACAAAUACAAUGUUGUCACUGUUGUGCUUAUGACUGAAGUGCUCAAACUGAUAGUAUCCACGAUAUUAUAUUCAUGGAAUAAUGAUAUUUCAUCUCUGCUACCUGAGAUAAUAAAGCACAGAAAAGUGUUCCUCUUGUAUAUGAUCCCAUCAUUUCUCUACUGUCUCUACAACAAUUUAGCAUUCAUUAAUCUCGCUGCAUUCGACCCCACGACUUACUAUCUCCUUCUACAGUUUAGGGUAGUCAUCACUGGAAUUAUUUACCAGGUAGUUUUUAAGAAGCAAUUAUCGAAGAAACAAUGGGCGUCAUUAGUGAUAUUGACGCUGGGGUGCAUGAUGAAGCACGUCAAUUUGAAUUCUGGAAGCCUGGUUUCCAAUUUCCACCUCAAUAUCAACGCCUUUUUCAUAUUUAUUCAGACAAUCUGUUCUUGCCUAGCUGGUGUCUACAAUGAGUACCUCCUAAAAGGCCAGGGCGCCAACAUAGAAAUUUACGUGCAAAAUAUUUUCAUGUACAUCGACAGUAUUAUUUGCAACAUAUUGGUAUUAAUACUCCAAGGCAAUUUGCUAGGUGCCUUCGACAACUUGGGCCCCAGCAUUCUCUUCGAUCCCAAAGUUCUAGUGAUAAUGGCCAACAAUGCAGCUGUGGGAAUCAUCACGAGUUUCUUCUUGAAGAAUUUGAACUCAAUUCUCAAAACUUUUGCCAGUGCCUUGGAACUCGUUUUCACAGCAAUUCUCUGCUGGCUUCUCUUCGGCAUUCCCAUAUAUUUUAACACGGUUCUGGCCAUUGGAAUGGUCAGUUACGCUGUCAUUGUGUACUCGCAAAAUCCUGUGCAAAAUUCAUCGAAAAUGAGGGAGGAGGUUCGAAGUGAGGAGGAGGACGAGAGGGUGGAGCCACUCUUAUCAAAAAAAGGAAUAGAGAUUGUUUGAACAGUCGUGAAGAUUUUUUGGUCUUCCCAUUUUUAUUUCAAUCGCGGGGAAAUCCUGGCUCGCCAGUUUUUCGUAUGUAUCUUGAGAAUGCCUGGGUUUUAAGGAAAAAACCAUAUGACAUUUCUUGAUGAUAAUUCAUUUCUCUACAAAAAAUGUUCUGGCGCAUUUUUUUGUCAGAGCUCUUUUCAACGAGAUAAUUACUAAACUGUCGAGGGAAGAUUUCUCUUCAUUCGAUUUUUUUCGAUUUUUUUUUUAUUUAUUGCUAGUUAUCUCGAAAAUGACUGGUUGUAAGAAAAAGUGUCACUGGAUCUUGAUGGAAAUUUAAUUUUCCCUAAUAGUGGGUUUGUGACAUUUUCUUGUAGAAUCAAUCGUCACUGAGAUAUUGACGAAAUAAUAGCCUCUCCCCUUUGAAUAAUUAGUUAGUUAAUUUAAACAAAUAUAUUUAAUUAGUUUGAAAUUGUAUUUUGAGUUGCAAUGAACACGAGAACAUCGAGACAAUUGUUUGUGAUAAUUCCGACGAGUUUAGUCUUGGAAUACUUCGAUUCUUGGAGGACUGAACAGUGAAAUGUAUAAUUAUUUAGAUUACUGAGAGAUUACAAUGACUUUGAAUGAUUUGGUCUAUCUAAUGGCCAAUGAGUGGUCAAAUGGCGAAAGUACAUGAUCGUAAAUGAAUAACGGAUAUUAUUAGUGAUCGUUGUUUUGCUUUCAUGACAAUUUUUAAUGGAUUACCAUUGACUAUUGAUAAAUCACUGAUGCGAUUGAAAUUUAUUUUUAGUUGGUGUUGACAUUUAUCACUUGUUUCGAAUAAAAACAAUAUUUUAUUAUGGACUAAUGAUAA